GCGCUUGACAUUCUGUUCCAAACUGCAUAGCCUAUUUUCAAUCUCAAGAUGCUUUUAUUUUGAAGUUAAUUGAUCACACAACAAGGAAAGCCUGGAAAAUAGAAGAAAAAGAAAAAGAAAAAAAAGAAGAAACUAGAAGACGAUCAGAUAAGGAUUUCGAAUGCGAAUUGAAAGUAGAGAACCUGCGCAUUGGGAGAAGAUCAUCUGUUUGAGCAUCAGGGAGAGGAAAACUGGGAAAUCUGAAGCUGCUAGGGCUUUAUAUACUGCUUCUUGUUUGUUCCGAAAGAAGAACCGGAGAGACAAUGGCGACGGAGGAGGCUGUGAAUGAAGAGAAGAUUCUUGUUUCGGUUAGGGUGAGACCAUUGAAUGACAAGGAAAAGGCAAAGAAUGACGUUUCCGAUUGGGAAUGCUUCAACAACACAGUCAUGUACAACAGCAACCAACCUGAUCGGGCCUCCUCUCCCUCUGCUUAUUCCUUUGAUAGAGUAUUUGGUUUCGACUCUUCUACGAAGCAUGUGUAUGAAGAGGCAGCUAAGGAGGUUGCUCUUUCAGUCGUCAACGGCAUCAACUCAACCAUUUUCGCCUAUGGACAAACAAGCAGCGGAAAGACGUAUACCAUGAAUGGGGUGACCGAAUUUGCUGUUACAGAUAUAUAUGAUCACAUGGGGGGACAAAGUGACCGUGAAUUCGUGUUGAAGUUCUCUGCCAUGGAGAUAUAUAAUGAAGCUGUCAGAGAUCUCCUCAGCUCCGAGAAUGUUCAACUUAGGCUGCUAGAUGAUCCAGAGAAAGGUACAGUUGUCGAGAAGCUUUCAGAGGAGGUACUGAGAGACCGGAACCACCUGGAGGAGCUUCUUUCCCUCUGCGCAGCACAAAGGAAGAUAGGAGAGACCUCUUUGAAUGAAACUAGUUCAAGAUCUCAUCAAAUUUUGCGACUGACAAUUGAAAGUACUUCCAAACAAUUAGAAGGCCUUCAAAGUUCAGGCACUCUCGCUGCCACUGUGAAUUUUGUUGAUCUUGCGGGCAGCGAGCGUGUCGCUCAGGCAUUAUCAGCUGGUGCAAGAUUGAAAGAAGGUUGUCACAUAAAUAGAAGUUUACUGACCCUGGGAACUGUAAUACGCAAAUUAAGCACGGGAAGAAAUGGACACAUACCUUACAGAGAUUCCAAGCUAACACGCAUACUGCAAAAUUCUUUGGGAGGUAACGCUAGGACAGCCAUCAUUUGCACCAUGAGCCCUGCACGAAGUCAUGUUGAGCAAUCAAAAAACACCCUGUUCUUUGCAAGUUGUGCAAAAGAGGUUACUACAAAUGCAAAGGUCAAUGUGGUAAGGUCAGAUAAGGCACUGGUAAAGCAAUUGCAGCAACAAUUGGCUAAAAUGGAAAACGCAUUGAAGAGCUUAGCAACAAAUUCUAUGAAAGAGAAGGAACUUUUGUUGCAACAGAUGGAUAAAGAAAUAAAAGAAUUGACUAAGCAACGUGAUUUUGCUCAAUCUCGGGUUCAAAAUUUGCUACAAUCAGUUGAAGAAGGCCAGGCUAGAAUAGUUGAAAAUUCAGGAUUGGAGUCAUCAGACAAGGGUGUAAAAGCAUGCACUCCACUAGAUAGUACUGACAGACCUAGUUGUUCCUCGAAUUCCAGCAAGCACUUCCAACGGAUUUCUGAGAUUUCUGAGGAAAAUUUUCUGCUGGAUGGUAGCGCUCCAAAGUUUGAAGCUUGGGAGGAUAUUGCAGAAAGAUCUCAAGCAGAAGACAAAGAUAUUGCACAAAGCUCUCAUGCAGAACCUGAAGACAAUGCACGAAGAUCUCACGUAAAAGCUCAAGAUAUUGCUUUGUGCAAUGACACUGCACAAGAGCAUCUUACAGAACCUGAAGAUGUCUGCAAGGAGAUUAGAUGCAUUGAUCAAAUGGAAGAACCAAGCAUGGACAAGAGUAAAAUAUUCGUGGAUGAAGAAGCAGGUUCAUCAUCGCAGCAGAAGGAAGAUGCCGAGUUGAGAAAUGCUAGUGAAGAGUAUGAAGCGUUGCAGAGGAAAAUACAUGAUUUGCAAAUGACAAUUAACACUCUUGUGACUCUUAAUGGCCCUCUGGAUCAAUCUCCUUGUUCCACUGAAUCCAGCCCUGUAAGCUUAAGCUUCUCCAGAAGUAGAAGUGCCAGGGCAGUUCUCCUAAGUUCUCUAUCUCCAGGUAAGGAGACGGUACAAAACGAGCCUGCAACGCCUACGUUCAAAUCAAAGCAUGGUAUCAACAUUGAAAGGUUACACAAAGAAGAUGUUCAAGCUCCUGUCGUGAGAGCUACCACGAAUACAGAUGAAACUAGAGAACCUGAGGCAGAGGAGGACUUACCUGAUAAAACACAAGAAGUCUCUCAGCACAAGGUGUCUAGACCGAAGCAUGGAAUGCUUACCCAAAAAGAUUCUGUGGUGAGAGCUAUCACAAAUACAGAUGAAACUAGAAAGCCUGAGGUAGAGGACUUACCUGAUAAAAGACAAGAAGUCUCUCAGCGCAAGGUGUCUAAACUGAAGCAUAGAAAGCUUACCCGAAGAGAUUCUGGUCGAGAAUCUCUUUUGAGUGUUCAAGUGGAGGCAGAGGACCGAGAGCCUGAUGAGGAGGAUGUUGUGGAGGAGUUACCUAGAGGUUCAAAAGGCUUGCGAUGGAUGCUCUUCAAAUCAAAGCAGCCUGGUUCUAAAUCAGUGAUGAGUUCAUCUGUGAUGAGUUCUAAAUCAGCUUCUGUUUUGAGUGCUCCGGUGGCUUGGAAAGUUAUCCAGAACUAUUCGGAGUCAGAUUUGGAGGAUAAUGUCAGUGUUCUCAAUUUUGAUGAGGAACAUAAGAAAGACAGAUAUGAAAAGCACGGACGAUCAUCGAGGAGGCCUGGCAGUCUGGAUACAUCAGUACAACGAGCAUUGAGAAACAACUCUGACUGGCGGUCUGAAUUUGAAAGACAGAGGGGAUUAAUAAUCGAACUCUGGGAUGCUUGCUAUGUGCCACUGGUCCACAGAUCCCAUUUCUUCCUCCUUUACAAAGGAGAUCCAUCUGACUUUCUGUACUUGGAGGUAGAGCUUAGAAGAAUGACCGCUCUAAAGGAAACAUUCUCCGAUGGAAGUAAUCGAAGUACUGUGAGUGAUCGUCAGGCUCUCACGCCAGCUUCAAGUAUGAAGGCUCUUAAGAAAGAGAGGGAAAUGUUAAGUAAGAAAGUGCAUAAGAGAUUCCCAAGAAAAGAUAGAGAGAGGCUUUACCAGAAGUGGGGGAUUAGACUGAACACGAAGGAAAGGAGCCUACAGUUGACAAACUACCUAUGGACGAGCACAAUGGACAUGAGACACAUAAGGGAGAGUGCUGCACUUGUUGCAAAGUUGAUUGACCUUGCAGAGCCACUUCAGGCUCCCAAGGAGAUACUUGGACUCAGCUUCUUAUCCCGACCGGUUCCCAAGAAAUCUUCUUUCUGGGACUCCAUGUCUACCCUAUAGAACUAUUUGCUCCACGUAGAACAAGAUGACUGUAGACAUAGCUCAGCUCGAACAGAGACUCUGAUUGUAAACUACAUGGCAAUCUAUAAUUUUACUAUGAUUAUUUGAUACCUCAA